AUGGCCGCCAGUUUCGGGGAGAAACUACUCCUCGAAGUACAUGAGGAGGGCCUAGACGAGUUGCUGCAUGACUUGAGGGUGCUGCAUCGUGAGAGCUCACAAAGCACCAGGACCCGUUUUGGUAUUGCACCCAUCGAUGAGAUCCUGGGAAUCUUCUGGCCACCCCCUCGGCCUCUACAUAACUUGUCUAAUGUAGAGGAGAAUAAUGCUGGUGAUCAGAUGAAUUUCACCCCAGCCCCAGCAGAUCGUGGACCGGCUCAUGUCGAAGUGCCCAUCCAGCCGGUGUUCCAUAGUCGGCCGUAUCCUGUCUUGGAGAUCUCCAGCAUUUCCUCGGCAGCUGGGAAAUCUCAAAUGCUAUACCAGCUGAUUGCGAUGGCAGUUCUGCCAUCCAGUUUCAAUGGAGUCUCACUCGAUGGAUUCGAUUCCGCCGUUGCCUUCAUUGACAAUGAUGGCCGUUUUGAUGCCGACCGUAUACGUACCGUUGCUCGCGGAAUCAUUGAAAACAAGCUCCAGACGAAGGUAGAAAAUUUCUCGUCAGAUACCUCUCUAGAUGACUCCAUUGAGGCCCUGAUUCUCGAGUCUCUACGACAUGUCCAUGUUUUCCGGCCACAGUCGUCUUUGGCACUGCUCGCUACGUUGCAGUCGUUAGAUGCAUAUCUUCUCGAGCUCCACAGACAUCCAUCAACCAACCGAGCUCUCAACGCUAUAGUUAUUGACAACGCAACUGCCUUCUUCUGGCAAGAUAAGCUACAAGACGAAAUCGCCAGAACCGAGGAUAUUGGCCGAUCCACAGCCGAAAUUGAACGCGAACGCCUCCAGAAAGAGAGUUUCCACAUCGCAGAUGUAUACGCUGAUUUGGUGACAAGUUUGAAGAGGUUGCAAGAUAUUUUCAAUUGCUCCGUCAUAUAUACCACUACUUCCGCUACCGGAAAACCAACGGAAAAUUCAUCUGUACCCUGGGGCUCGUAUAACCCAUUAGACACCGUACUGAAAACACCAUCUUUUCGCUCUCCCUUACCCGCCCCAUGGGGGUUAUUUCCUACUUUGCGGCUUGUAUUGCAACGGGUUGUCGUUCGCCCGUUUCCGCCUACUGUAACCGUUUAUGAGGCUCAGAAGGAUGCGCCCAUGCGUCAGGAGGUAGUUAUGAGGGGAGAGUUCUUGGGAUCAGUGAACGGAUGGGAACGAGAGGAUUGGCCACGAAGGAUACUGGAGGAGCUCAAAAAGCGAGGAGGCGGAGAUUUCACUUUUAAUAUUGGGCGGGAGGGGAUUACAUUCAGUUGA